GCUGCGGAACCGACUCGUUUGAAAGAAGUGCGUGUGCAGUGUGUUUUUCAAUUCACUGACAGAAGUGAAUUUUUAAAGACGGUACUUAUAAUUUUUUUUCUCCCACCAAUAAGCGGUCAUGGCGUUACCAGUUUCAAACCCGAACAAUCCUGUUGUGUUCUUCGACGUCACCAUAGGAGGGCAAGAGGUUGGACGGAUGAAGAUUGAGCUGUUUGCUGACGUUGUGCCCAAAACUGCAGAAAAUAUCAGGCAGUUUUGUACUGGAGAGUUCAGGAAGGAUGGUGUCCCUAUUGGUUACAAGGGAACCACAUUCCACAGGGUAAUUAAGGACUUCAUGAUUCAAGGAGGGGACUUUGUAAAUGGUGAUGGCACUGGGAUCUGCAGUAUCUACAGGGGUCCUUUUGCAGAUGAGAAUUUCAAAAUAAAACACUCUGCUCCCGGACUGCUAGCAAUGGCAAACAGUGGCCCAGGCACUAACGGCUGUCAGUUUUUCAUCACCUGUACCAAAUGUGACUGGCUGGACGGGAAGCACGUUGUGUUUGGUAAAAUAGUUGAUGGUUUACUUGUGAUGAGGAAGAUCGAGAACGUCCCUACUGGUCCCAACAAUAAACCGAAGCUCCCUAUUGUUAUUGCACAGUGUGGAGAGAUGUAACUUUACAAACUUCUUCAAAUCCUCUUUGCAUACACACUGAUAACGACUUUUCUUUUUUUUUCUUUUUUUUUUACAUUUCAGGGACUGUAAUUACGGACUAAAAUUAAGUGAGAGACUUGUCCUGGCCAAAUUUUGAUUGCACAUUAAAACAGGGAAACAAACCUGUAUUUUUUUAUUGAUCCACCCCUUAAAGCUGUAUUUUUUUUAUUGAAAAAACCCUUAAAGCAGAAGUGAACGUUUUUCUGCUCUAUAAAAUGUACUGUUGUUGUGUAUUUGUUUUUUAUAAACACAAUCGUGAUUAUCCUGGGUUAUUAAUCAGAUAAAGAUAGUCAAAAAGAGGUGGUCUAUGAACCCAAGAAAUUGUCUCUCUAGAGAAGCAUUUGACCUUUUUCAAUGAACCUUACAUUUCACUGAUGUAAUACAGUACCGACAUUAACGCCUGUC